UUUAAAUAUUAUUAUUAAUAAUAUGGUAGUAUACAUUUUUUCAAUUAUACAUUUAUACAUUUAUAAUAUAAAUACCUAUUAUAUAUUGUUAUAAGUUAUAAGUUAUAAUUAUUAAGUGUUUAUAAGUACUAUAACUUUACAAGUUAAAUUAUUCGUGUUUGUGUGAUACCAUUGACCGAAGACGACGACAAUGACUGUUGCGAUUCACCGCCGAUACAGCUACCCUACACCGUCCACGCGUUACAGGUGAAAUUCGAAAUCAGAGCUAAUAUCGACGAAGUGUCAACUGACGACGACAAAACUCAUACGGGACAGUGGAGAACAUGGUGUUGCGCCCGAGCGACGAAUACGGUGGUUACACGAUGGACAAUUACCCGCAAAACGGCGGUGGUGGCCAUCAUUUUUACGAAAGCAUCAAAACCGAACUGGAAAGUUUUCAGUUGCGCGGCGCAGACGAAGAUUUUUCACCGUCUGUAGCGGCCUCGUCGGAAGCACUGCUCAGUGACGAUACAAGUUCGAUAGCGUCCAAGAAACGAAUUGACAGCAUGUUCAAGACGACCGCUUCCGUGACGGGCGACACCAAGCGGACGUUCCACUACCGCGUCGGCCGCCAGACCAAGUCGUUGCAGGCCGACGACAACAACCACUAUAACGGUGGUACGGGCGGCGACUAUUUCGAUUACGGUUAUGCCGCCGAGACCAACGACAGGAACAACAACAGCAAGAAUACGGUACAGGAGAAGAUCGAAAAGAUGUUUGCGGAAAUCAGUUCGUCGGAACUCGACACGGACGUGUCGAUGGACUCGGCGGCGCCGGCCGCGGACACCGGAAGCAACAAAUUCCACGUGCAGUACAUCGGGUGCGCCGGUCUGUCGGGCAAGAUAUCGUCGUUGGAGGGCCUCCAACAGCCCGUCCGGGACAUGUACUUCGGUUACCGGGAAAACCAACACCAUUACCGCGGUGGUUAUUAUCACGACGACGACGACGACGACGACGAGGACGUCCGAACCGCCACGAGGCGCGACUUCUCCGGGUUGCUGGAGAUAUCGGCGGCCGGUCUUACCAUACGGUACAGGAACGGGCUGGGCGAGGUGGAACAGCGGACCAACGCUUUUCCGUCGAUCGCAGUGUGGGCGGCGCUCAAGUACGUGUGUCGCCGACGAUCGCCGAUUCCGCAACGGAGAAUCGCAAGCGAAGCGACCGCCGGCGGCGUCGGUGGUUACGAGUACGCUUUCCUGCCGCUGAUCGCGGAUCCCGACGGCUCGGACAAGGCGGCGCUCUUCCGGGACAUGGACCCCGGCGACAGGGCCCGGUUGGACGCGGCCGGCGAUCACGCGCCCGUGUUCGCGGUGGUGACGCGUGCGGCCGGCAAGCGGCUCGAGUGUCACGGGUUUGCGUGCGAGACGGAAAACGACGCUCUACUCAUGGCUGCCAACCUUUACGGGGCCCUCGUCGCGGCCAUGUCUUCGACCGCGGCAGUGGACGCGGACGUGCCGACGGCCGACGACGGGGCCGGACGACUGGCCACGGCGCCGCAGGCCAGACGCGUCAUCCGCCAGCGAAACGGGUUCACGAGCAUGAGCAGUACGGCCGGUUCGAGCGUGGCCGGCGGCGGCGUGGCGGAGGAAGCGCCAGCCCUACCGCCACCCCGUCCGCCGCGCAGAAACAAAAAGUCCACCGCAUCGUCUGUCACGAGUGCGACGUCGGUCGGCGACGACGUCGGCGUCUCUUCAGCGAUAACUUCGGUACCGGCCAACGGUGACGACGGAGGCGGUGGCGAGAUGUGCAGCGGCGCCAAGACUUUCCAGUUGACCGUCAGACAGGCGCCGUCGCUCCAGCGGGGCGUGUGCAACAGCAGCAGCGUCGCGGGCCCGGCUGCGGCGGACGCGCAAAAUCGCAACACCAGACAGCAGCGUUCGGACGGCGGCGGCGACAUACUCACCAAAGUGGCCAUACCCAGAAGCAGGAGUUUCCUGAACUCCAACGGGUUGGCGUCCACCAAAUACUCGAGGCGGGCUGCGGGAUGUGGAAUCGAGACGGCCGCGACCGACAGGCGCCGUCGUCGGAGCAACGGCAGUGGCGUUAUGGGCUUCUCGGAGAUGUUUAACGAAUUUCGAGCGCAAGAAGGCCUAAACAACAUGGACGACAUACUGAACGCCAUCAUCAACGUGGAGGGCAUGUCGUACAACGAUCUGAAGCCCAUUUACAAGGAGUUUUUGAUGAAAUUGGCUCUGACUCUCACCAAGGACGAGCUGUACCAGCGGACCAAGGCCAUAAUGACGGAACAGAAACGCAAACGGAACAAUAAGCGACGUCCGGCGGUCGCCACGCAGGCGGCCGGCCGCGGACGACGUCUCAACGACAAGCUGCGAGACGCGUUCGACUUGCGGGCGGCCAAGUCGCGAAUCAGCGCCGUGUUGUUGCCGGACUUUUGCAAGCGCAAGACCGGCCGGAACAGAGCGAAACAAAAACAACAACUACUGCAGCGUCAUCAACAACAAAAACAACAGAGGAGACGCCGGUGUUCGUGUAUAGCCGGGUCGUCGGCCGAAGUCCGGCCGGCGGUGCAGGUGGACCGGAAACCGGAACGAAAAUUCCAACGGCGUGCCGUCGCGGGAAAACGGUCGGCGGCGAUCGCGUCGGCGAGCAAAGGCCGAUUGCAGACGUCGGGCACGUCGUCGUCGCCCGUCUGCAGUACUUCGGACGACAGUGACUUUUUCGCGGCCGUCGCGUUGCGGCAACGGCAACGCCAACACCAACAGCUCCAACAACAGCUGCUGAAGCAACCGCCGCCACUGCUCUACAAGAAGUCGUCGAAGAAACGCAGCGACGGCGGUCGAGGUACGGCCACGGCGUCCGAGGGCAGUUGCUUGCACCGGGCGUCCAGCGGUUACUUUAGCUGUUCCGAGUGCAGCGCGGGCGACGCGGCGGACGACGGCGGCGGCGGCGCGUGCAGUUACUGCGACAGCGGCGCGGCGGAACCGACAGCGUCGCUGGUGUCCUGCAGCUGCGACUCGGACAGCUGCGCGGACAGCGACAAGUGUUACUGCGGCAAGCCGCGGCGCCCGCGCAACAUAUUCGACGAGCUCAAAAGUCGCGGUUUCGCGGCGUCCGAGUCGAGCGUGUCGCGCGCCGACUCGCCGGGCACCGCGUGGAAGAAGAACGAGCUACUGAUGCUGUUGCAGCAACGGCACGACGAGUCGUCGCCCGCGGCCACCGGCAGCGGCGGCGUCAGAUGCGGCAUCGAACCGUCCAAGAGCAUCGAGUACCUGCAGAUGACGCGCCGGGCGGCCUGUCCGGGCGGCGCCGACUUGGCAGCCGGGCGGGCGGCCGUCGGUUCGUCGUCGUCGCCGUCUUCGUCGCUGUCCGCGGCCACCGUGUACUCGUCGUCGUCCGCGGUGCACAAACGCCGGCCGCAACCGUCGCGCGGCGCCAAACACCAUCACCGCCGGUCCGGUUCGAGCGGUUCGGACAACUUUCGCGCCAUCGAUUACGCCCUGUUCGCGGCCACCGGCGACGCGGCCGGACAGCGAAAGUCGCGCGGCUCCGGCGGCAUCAGACAGAAUCACCGCCGUCCCGAUUGCGCGCCCUCCGCAGACGGCCGUCGACGCGCCGCCGCCGGUUCGUCUGUCCCGAACAGGCGGUCUUACAGCUCCGAAGCGGUGCACAUGACCGGUUGCCGAGUGCAGUACGGCGGCCACGCGCGACAGCCCGCGCUCGUGCAACAUACGAAGCUGGCCGCCAGGCGACAUUCCGUCCACGACGGUGGCGUCGAUGACGUCCUGUCGUCGUUUUUCAAGUCGGGCAUCGAAAACUCGUUGGGUUACUAUCCGUGACGACACGCUUCGGCCCCACUCCCCUCGUAGUGUAUUUGUAAACUCAAAGUGAAUAUUGUAAAAAAAAAUUUAAAAAAAACUAUUAAUAUCAUGUAAAUUCAGCUCGAAUAGAAAAAAAUGGCCCCCUCUAACCUUCUCGUAUAUUAUUAUAAUUGGUCGAAAACCAUUUUCCUGUUUUAACAAUAAUCAGAGCCCUGCAGAGGAAACUACAAGGAGGCAAUUCGAAUUAUUCUAGAAAAAUUAUUGUGUCAAUUAUGUAAAAUUAAAUUGUACCGAGUUUUUUACAUUUUAUUAUUAUUAAGCUGAGUUUAUAUCAAUAAAGGGAUUGUCGACAUUUUUUAAGACGUUACCACCGCCUACUUGCAUUAAUUAUAUACAACUACUGAAAAAAAAAUGGUUUUGAUUAAUUUCAUUUUAUAUCCAUAAGACUUAAACCGUAGUAUAUAUUGUAUACAAAUAUAAAGCUAUUAUGUACUGUACUGUUAUUACCUACUUAUUAUCGGGAAAUGGUUUUUCGGUAUUAUUUUGUUUGGUAGUCUGAUUUUUUUUUGUACGUUAUAAUAUUGUUUUAAAAGUUAAAAUAAUAAUAAUAUACAUGCAGUGUUUGGUAGUCGCAUUAAUUGAACUGAAUUUGCCGGAGAUUUGUUAAGGUAGUCACGUUAACUAAAAAAUACCUUCUUUUGUUCAUCUAAUAUACAUUUAUAUUGAAAUAAUUCAUCAGCCAAUUUACCGUUUACACAACCACCCACCAUCCAUUUCAAUAGCUGUGUCGACAUACAUCCCUGAAUCCCUUCGUGUACACCACUGGAGUAAUUACAACGAUUCAGUGCCUCAUCAUCAUUAUUUUUAUUAUUAUUAAUUAUUUAUUAUCAAUUAUCAUAAUAUUAUUUUGUAGUUAUUUGUUUCUCUAAGUAAUCACUAGCAUGCGUCUAACGAAUACCUAGCAAUUUGUUUUGUGAGCAGAGUUGGGUAUUUUUUUAUCUAAAUAAACUUGUAUUUAAAUAAGAAAUUGUUCGAAAAAUUAUUUCAACGCAAUUGCUUUUUAUUCAAAUAAUUUCAAAAAAUGAAUUUGGCUUAAUUUUCAUGAUUAUUUGAAUAAAAAUGUAUUCGAAUAAUACCCUAAGCGGCCUAAACCCUUCUCUGUGUGUAAAAAUAAUAUUUAUGAAGUGUGUAUAGUGUAUUAUACAUACCUACUAUAAAUAUUAAUUAAGUUAUAUUAUAUUUUUUAAGACAUUAAAUAUUAUAAUAUUAUUGUUGUGCAGUGUAUGGUAGUCCACAAUUUAGCAAUAAGCCAGUCCUUAUGCAUAUUUUGAUUUGACCUAAUUAUUGUUAAGUAUUUUGAGUGCAAUAUAAUUUAAAACGAUAUGCAUCUAUAAUAAUAAUAUAAUAUUAAAAUAUAGUACAUAAUAACAAUAAACAUAUUGUUCUUAAAAUUAGAAUUAAAAAUAUAAUAUUCAUAAUUUAUAAUUAGAAGAUAUACAUACCUAAUAACACGAUUACUUAGAUUCAAUAGGUAUUUGUUUCCCUUGAAAAAAAACGGCUGAUCAGAAAUGGGAUUCUAUGUAUAUUGUAUAACAAGGAUGAUUUUUUUUUCAUGUAUUAGAAGAUAGUAAAUUAAUUUUAAACAAUUUUUAUGUUAUUGAAAUGUAUAUAUAAAAUUAAAAUAAUUUAUUUAGUUGUAAAAAUAACUAUUUUUGUUUUAUUUUAAGUAUAAGGUUUUGUACUUUUUAUAUUCUAAAGAAAUUUAAAAUUAUUAUUAUAAUAUAUUUAUUGUACCUAUUGGAACGAAUAUAACAAAUGCUGAUUAUUAAAUCAAUAACUGUGUCUGUAUUAUUU